UGGCUACCGACGCGCGGAGUGGAUUGUGGCGGGAGGACGAGGAGCUCUUGCCCGUAGUCUCCGGCCGACGAGUUCGAAACGCAUUCGGAGGCCAGGCCACUGGCGAGGAUGGCCGCGGCCGGCGGCUCCGAUGUGGUGGGGUAAGAGGGUACCGUUCUUACUACUGAAUCUUCAGUUGGUUCGUCUACUGAAUCUAGUUAAUUCGUGGAGGUUUUUAGAGGGAAAUAUUUAUUCCAGUACAGUGCAAGCAUGAACAUGCAGAUGAAGGCUCCGUGAAUCAAUUUCUGCAUGAAAUUAGUGGAUCUGUGUUGUUUUCGGUGUGUUUCUCCGGCUGGGGAUGAAGGCCUUCUGUCCCGUUUGUUGAACUCAUUGUCGACAUUUGGCAAUUGUCCUAUCACUUGAAAAAUUGUCGAUGGUGCUCCUCUUCCUAAUUCUCAUAACUGAUAACUGUGUUGAUGUUAACAGGCCAUCGAUGUGUAUCCAGUAUAAGCUGUUCAGCUGUUUGAGUUAGCUCUUAGGCAUCUAUACAUGUCUUUCACGCAUAAAGCAUACUUAUGAAAUGGCUUACAUGUACAGGUGAAGAAGAACAGGAAAAGAACGAAGCUGAAUGAGAAAGAGAAGUUGUAUACUUGUAAUCACGUGCUAUCUUUUCGCUGUUGCAAUGAAAUUUCCUGAUCACAUGUUCACAUGAAUCAUAUCGGCAGUUUGGCAGGCAGUUUCAGUGGCAAUAAGUUCAACUGUGUGCUGCUCAACCAUUUCCUUUUCGAACAAAUCUAUAUAUGUUUUAUCUGUUCUUGAGAAUAUAGUAAAGGAACUUCUUUUCUGAAGACUGAUUAAAAAAACAUGACCUUUGAAUCAAGCUUGUGGCCUCUCAGAUAACGAACUUUUCCUGCCACCUAGUUAUGAGUAUAAUAUGGCUUACAUUUACACAGGUGAAAAUGAAAAUGAGAAAAGAAAAGGCACAAUAAGAAACAACGGCUGAUGAUUUAUUAUGUUCUGCCCUUCUUUGUUGUGACAAAGUAUCUUGAUCACAAGGACGGAAUUGGCAGGGUAGCUGGCAGUUGCAGUAGCAUUAACUGCCAACUGUGUGCUGCUAAUCUUAUUUGAUCCAAAUUAUAUGGUUAUUAAUCAAAUCCCAUAGCCCCAUAAUCCCCAACCAUGCCCGAAGAAGCUGCUGGGAUGGCGUCAGUCUUGCGGAGGCUCUACCUCUCUGUCUACAACUGGAUUGUCUUCAUCGGAUGGGUUCAGGUGUCGUGGUCCAUGAUAUUGGCAUUGUUGGAGAAGAGAUAUGAGGCCGUCUACGCUGCUGUAGAGCAGCAUCUGCUGUUCGCGCAGACUGCUGCCAUCAUGGAGAUUCUUCAUUCCAUUGUAGGGUUGGUGAGGUCUCCAGUGUCUUCUACUCUUCCACAAAUUACUGCAAGGUUGUUCAUGAUCUGGGGCAUCUUGCGGAGCUUCCCUGAGAUACACACUCAUAUUUUUGUUACCUCCUUGCUCAUAAGCUGGUGCAUCACUGAGGUUACCAGAUAUUCUUUCAAUGGCAUGAAGGAGUCAUUUGGAUUUACACCUUCCUGGCUCUUAUGGCUUAGGUACAGCACCUUCAUAGUAUGCUUUCCUAUUGGUAUGGUUAGUGAGGUUGGCCUAGUCUACAUUGUUGUUCCUUUCAUGAAGGCAUCUGAGAAAUACUGCCUUAGGAUGCCCAACAAAUGGAAUUUCUCCAUCAAAUACUUCUAUGCCUCUGUCUUUUUCAUGGCUUUGUAUGCCCCAGUAUACCCGCACUUGUUCCACUAUUUGAUCGUCCAGCGGAAGAAGGCCUUGGCAAAAUCAAAAACCACAUAACUACUCAAGAGCUAUCUAAUCUGGUUUCUGCUCGCAGCUACAGCUCAGGUUGCUACCACUUCUUGAACAAAGAAGUAAAAAUGUAUUAGAAUGGAAAUGCCGAACUACACAGACUAUCUUUUCCCUUGGUAAAUAAAAAUGGACAUGAGUACUAUUUUCAUGAUUUGUUAAUGGUGUGUUGUACCAAACUUUGGCUUUUCCAUAUGUAAAUAAAAUUGCACUCCA